ACCGCCACGAGCAUGUUUCUGAUCAGCAUCAACCUCCGCAACACCAUCAGCUCCGUGUCCAUGGCCACCAAUUACCAGACGCUCUACGUGACCAACGGCAACCUGAACGAGGUGCCGGACCAGUUCGCCAACUUCACGGCGCUCACCAAGCUGGACCUAUCCAUGAACUACAUCACGGACCUGCCGGACAACUCGAGCGACGUCUGGACGGGCCUCAGCACGGUCACGGACCUCAACUUGGCCGCCAACUCGCUCACGGACUUCCCCGUCGUGCUGGACAACUUGCAGACGCUCAACCUCAGCGGCAACGCGUACACGACCAUCCCGGACAACAUCUACAUCAUGGCCGAGUCGGGCGCGCUCAAGUACCUGUACAUGACUGACUGCAACCUGACCAACCUGCAGGUGUCGGACUCGCAGCUGUCGCUGCUGCAGAACCUGGCGGGCUUUGAUGCGACCGUGACGAUCUCAGACUGUGGCUCCGGAUACGCGGCCACGACGCUGAGCAACGCGAACGUGGAGGUCUGCGCGGUGUCGACGUCCUCGUCCAGCGACGGCGGCGGCAGCAGCCACACGCUGGCCAUCGUGCUCGGCGUGAGCUGCGGCGUGCUGGUGCUGGCCAUCAUCGCGUUCCUGUGGUACCGCAAGAAGAACGGCGGCCAGUUUACCACCAAGAACGGAUCGACCAUCUUCGGCACAGACAUUGGCUCGAGUCUUACGGGCGGUGACACGACUUUCGGAUCAUCGAUCUGGGACGACCCGGAUCUCCUGGCCGCGCGUAUCGACCACCGCGAUGUCGAAGCGGUUAAGCUGCUGUCUCGCGGUGGCUUCGGUGAAGUGUGGCUGGGUCUGUACAUGAACGAGAACGUCGCUAUUAAGCGGCUGUUAGGAGACAAGAAGACCAUGCAGGACGCGCUGGCCUUUGCGACGGAGAUCAAGACCAUGGCGCGUCUGGAGCACCCCAAGAUCGUGCGUUUCAUCGGUGUCUCGUGGUCCAACGCGUUGACCAUCCAGGCCGUGACGGAGUUCAUGGACUGCGGUGACCUCAAGUCGCUGCUCGACUCGAGCCGCGCCAGCUCGCUGACGUGGGCCAACCUCAAGUGCCAGAUCGCCAUCGACAUCGCCGACGCGCUCGUCUACCUGCACACGCUGAACCCGAAGCUCAUCCACCGUGACCUGAAGUCUCGCAACGUGCUGAUCGACGCGCAGACCGGCGCCAAGCUGAGCGACUUCGGUAUCUCGCGCAACCGCAGCUUCGACGAGACCAUGACCGCUGGUGUCGGUACGGCUCGCUGGAUCGCGCCCGAGGUCAUUCUGGGCGGCCACUACACGGAGUUCGCGGACAUUUACUCGUUCGGCGUGGUGCUGUCGGAGCUGGACACGUGCAAGGCGCCGUUCUACGACGCCACCAACACGAACGGCGGCAAGAUGCAGGACGUGACCAUCCUGCAGCUCGUGUCGGCUGGCAAGCUGCAGCCGAGCUUCGAGGAGUCGUGCCCGCCGUCCAUCGUCAAGCUGGCGCGCGCAUGUCUGUCCUUCGACCCGGCGCAGCGUCCAAGCGCCAUCCACAUUUCGUACGAGCUGCGCAAGAUCAUGAAGGACGAGCUGUAGAGCGGCUUCAACAGUGCAAUGUUGAUGUUUUGGUAGGCGAUGGAGGCUCUUUUGUAUUACCCCAGUUAACUUUAACGCAAAGUCUUACAUUACUG